UAAAAUGAGUAAUUCUGUUUGUGUCAGCUGUGAAGACACUUUCCCAAACAUCAAACUCAACCGAUGCCAGAGCUGCUCUGAGAAACAAGAUAAUGCGGCCGUCGUUGAGUUUCUUUGCGAAGACUGUGUGAUUGCACACAUUCGUAAAGGCCAUACGGUCGUGGAUUCGAAAGGAAACGAACCAUUAACAUGUUCUAAGCACAGUUUAAUCUGCACAGAAUAUUGUGCGACUUGCGACGUUCCGUUCUGCUUGAAAUGUAUUGGAAAUCACAGCGAUCACAAGUUUCAGUCUGUGGACGAAAAAGCGUCGGAAGUGAAAGCUAAGGUUUUCGAGAUAUUGGAGGAAUUAGAAAUGAAGGAAAAGCCACUGAGACUAAAACAAAAGGCAAAUGCGGAUGUGUAUAGUCAAAACAAGCAACUCGUUCAUGAUUUGAAAGAGAUGGUUAAAGAGGAAUGUAAAAAAUUGGAAGAACACCUGCUGCGAAAAAUUGAUGAAAAGUUGGAAUUAAACAAUGAUUUAUCCAGUGAAUUGAAAAGCAUUUAUGAGAAGUUGUUGGAUUUGCAGAAAAUGACGCGAGAGUUGCUGAGUCAAUCCAACCCAAGAUUGCUGAAAGAUAUAGUUGCAACUGCUAAAAAUGUACAGAAUUUCGAACCGAUUUACAAUGAUUCGAUUGUAAAAGAAAGCAAAGUUUUUUCUUGUGAUUUUGGAGAUGCUCGGAAAGUUUUCGAAGACAUCGGGGAUACAUUUGAGCAGCUCAUAAAAACAUCCAGAGGUGAGGUUUUUUAUCUUGCGGGAUUUGCCGGCUCUGUUAUAUUUAGAGUAGAAAUUGUGCAUCAAUGUGAAAUCAAAGUUUCUACUUUAUCGGUUUCUAAAAAUGGUGUUCAAAGUUCGAACGGCCCUGGAUGUGUUGAAAGAUUGACUGGUAAUGUAGAAAUCACUCAUGUUUUCGAUUGUGCAUAUGUUGGUUAUUUAAUAAUCCUGCUGAAAGACAAAUCUGCAAAAAAAAUAUUUUCUUCAAAAUCGCCGUUUUGAACCAUUUGAUUACCCGCGAUGUGCUAAUUUCUUGUGGCCAUAUAAUUUUCGGCACAAUAAUAAUUCUGCUGAGUGGUCUUACUGGGAUGCAGAGGCGAGGAGAGUUCGGUUCACUCACGACCAGAAUAUGAGUUUCGCCUGUGAUCACUGUCCCAAAAUCGAAAUGAGCAGCUUUUACGACCAUAAUCUCUUCUUCAUUGAUCAGAACUGUGACAUCAUUGCUCUCUACCCAGCUAAUGCUUGGACUGAGAAAAUCAGCAAAGGAGUUCAUCAGCUGGAAUCAAUUGACCAUAUUACUGAGUUAAAUGAGAAUAUGCUUAUGUGUUGGUCUGUAGCUACCAAGUCGGUUACGGUUUUGUCCACAGCUACCAAUUGGGCGAACCCCAUGGGAAACAUGCAUGGAGCAUACGCGAUGCAAGAAAAUGUGGGGCUUAUGCAAACACUUGCACCGCAGGGAUUACGACUGGUCAAUUCGACAUAUACCGUCCAACAGCGUUUUUCUUGGGAGAAUAAACCAGAAGUAUUUGCUAGCGGUAUUCCAAAAUUUCCCAACUUCUAUCUGUGUCCCGUUUUAAAGCAAACUGACGAAAACCAAUCAGUCGAUAAUUAUGUGUUUGGAGCUUUUCUAUUGUGAUCUUUCCGUUUGUAUCUAGCAGAAGAGAAUAAAAAGAAGAAUUUAAUUACUUAAUUUCUAAUGUAUGAAUAUUUUCUAAUUGAAACAACUUCAAGUAUACAUGAAAUUCUUGUUAAUUUACGUAAAUUUACCUGUAAAACACAAUUUUUUUAAUUUUCAAUACGUUCCUCAUUGUUUCGGCUUAUGUUAAAUCGGUUUAGCCACCUUGUAUCGUGUCGUUUGAAGCGGUAAAGUAAAGUUAAUUGUUUUUGUAUGUUUUGGGGCGGUAUGGUUUGCUAUGAGUUCUUUUUGAAACUUAAUAGCAAAUUUUAUAACAAAUUUACUAAGUGCGGUUGUUUACGCAAGUAUUACUGAGUCUCUUUAAAUAUCCUCCCUUUUGCUAAGUGGGAGAUUCGUUGCUAGUUGCUAAAUUCGCAUUUGCUUAAUCGUUGAGUGAUUUCAUUAUACGGUUGGCAAUUCGUUACUAGGUACCACAGGGGGAGGGGAAUAGUUAAAGAGAUCUAUAUUACCGACUUAGUGACCGGUCGCUAAGCGAUACUAAAUGCUCAUUUAACGCUGUUGAUUAUGUUCUGUGCGUUCUUUUCAUAAAAUCAACGUCGAUCAAGAUAAAAUGUUUGAAAUUUUUGUAUAUGUAGUUUUUCAAAUAUUAUUUGACUGUCAUUUCUGUCUCAAUUUCUUUUGACAGGAUUGCAAUGCUAUCUAUACUUGCGCUGUAUCGCAAAAGUUCUGAAGCUCCUUUUUGCCUUUGUGUGAGAAUACAUUAACACGAAAUUUCUUUUUCAAAUGUAAUCUAUCUACUCAGUGAAGUUCCAUAUCCAUAUCAUAUCUGUUUAUCCAUCUCUAACUGAAUAUCAACAGAGUAAAGUUUAUUUUUCCAUCUGUUCUCGUGUAUUAUCAGAGUUAAAGUCAUGUGGUUCUAAAUAACUAUAAUUGUCAUAGUUUUGAAUUAAA